CAUUUCUCAAACCUAAAUUCAGUCAAUUUUCUUCCAUCUCCUUCAAUAAUCUUAAAACCAUACACUAAAAUCAUAUUCUUUCUGUACACAUCUACAUACAUAAACUAAGACGAAUGAACAAAACUGAUCAAUAUCAGCGUGUGUUUAAUGACUUCGACGAGAAUAGAGACGGUAAGUUAUCGCCACAGGAGCUGCAUCAGUACCUCGGAGCGAUAGGCGGAGACCUUUCGAUUGCAGAAGCAGAGGUGGCGGUUAAGUAUACGGACUCGGACGGAGAUGGGCUGUUGGAUUUCGAGGAUUUCGUUAGGUUUGUCGAUGGCGGGGAAGAAGAAGAGAAGGUGAAAGAUUUGAAAGUAGCGUUUAAGAUGUAUGAAAUGGAAGAAAGCGGGUGUAUUACUCCGAAGAGUUUGAAGAAGAUGCUUAGUAAAUUAGGUCAAUCUUGUAGUCUUGAUGAGUGCAAGAUUAUGAUUGCUCAGUUUGAUCUUGAUGGUGAUGGAGUGCUCAAUUUUGAUGAGUUUAAGGUUAUGAUGUUAUGAUAAGUAUAGGAAUGUAUAUAAUUUAGUAUAUAUUUGUAUCGAUUCAUUCAUUUUCUGUAUAUAUGAUUCUUUGAUUCUUUAAUUAAUUAUUCAUCUUUUUUAAUCA